AUGCCACUAGUUAAAGCCCAGGGAGCGCCUUCGCGCAAGUUCUUCACACUGGCGUUCACGGUCGCGUCUCAGCUUUACAAGAGCGCGUCUCUAGCGGAUCAACUGGAGCGCGGCGAGAUCCAUCGAGGUCCAAACCAUGAUGAAUUACUGGCCAGGAAGAAGGGCCCACUGUUUGUCAGGCCAGAGCCCAAUUACCCACGGCAUGUGCCGUUGUACGGCUUUGAGAAAGCGCUGCUAUUUGCUGGAUCUGCGAUUGGCGCCUUUUUGCAUCCCGAGAGAAACGAAUUCAUCGUUGCUCUUGGAGAGUCUACUGCACUCCCGUACUUUCUCAAACAGCUCAAGGUGCAAAUGCUGAACGACCCGACAGGCCGCCAGAUUCUCAAGGAACGUCCAUACAUCACCUCCGAGUCCUUAGAUCUGGUGAAACUCAAGCAGUAUCCAGAAAAUACACUGGCAAGAGCCUACGUCGACUGGCUUGAGAAGGAAGGGGUGUCCCCAGAUACCAGAGAACCUGUCCGAUUUAUCGAUGACGAAGAACUAGCAUUUAUUUUCCAGAGGUAUCGCCAAUGUCACGACUUCUACCACGCCAUUACGGGACUGCCUAUCGUCAGAGAAGGAGAGAUUGCACUCAAGUUGUUCGAAUUCCUGAACCUCAAGAUCCCAUUCGCAGGAUUGGGCGCGCUCUUCGCUCCGAUUCCAAUCAAACAGGCCCAACGGAGCCGCCUGUUCAACAUCUACUACCCCUGGGCCUUGAAAAACAGCUUCACGUGUAAACCUCUGAUCAACGUCUACUGGGAAAAGAUUCUGGACCGCGAUGUGGACCAGCUUAGACACGAGCUCGGCAUAGAGAAACCACCCGACAUGAGACAACUCAGAAAGGCUAAAAUCACUACGUUGUAA